AUGCUAGCCGACAUUGGUGGGGAGCACACGCUCGUCCUGUCGGCUCCCAAAACUUUUACGUCACCAAAAGCCAAUGGUACAGAAGUUAAAUGCUUACGUGAGGUUUUUGAACUGUAUCCGGAAACUUUUAGGUUAUCUGGUUAUAUCAUCAAUUCGUGUGCAAGGUCACUGGCAAUAUUUCUGAAUAAUAAGUUCUAUUGGAUCGUCAGACAAGAAGACAUCUCAGUAACGACUGUUUAUAAGAUGUGA